CCCUCAUUUAACGACUUAAAGGGUCUGGAUUGGAUCCCCGACUCUCCACGCCUUAUGGGUAGUGGUCGUGCAGGAUAUAAAUAGGAGUUCACCCUGCUGUAAGCCAGUUGGACGAAGUCGAGAUGGUUUCAUUAGUGUGGAAGGUGGUGGUCUUUGGUAUCCUGGCGGCCGGAUCUCAGGGCUCUCUCCCACAGCCCCGGUUGCACCGUCAGGUGUCUACAGGGCGCUAUGACCUAUCAGCGGACUUAGCGUCUGUAGAGGCGCAGAGUGAGAAAGGCUUUCAGGAGGUCCGGCGGGGUGGCGAGAGAAGCGUCCAGCUGCAGCGGGGAGCGCGGAAAAAUGCCGACAUCUACCUGGGGCACGAGGGACUGAGAGAUGACGCAGCAACAAGAACUAACUGCAAAAAUCGCCCAAUUGACCUGGUUUUCAUCAUGGACAGUUCACGCAGUGUGCGCCCUGUUGAAUUUAAAAAGGCCAAGGAGUUCCUGCAGGACAUGGUGGACAGCCUGGUCAUCGGCAGAGAUGCCACUCGUGUCGGCCUCGUUAAUUAUGCGAGCACAGUCAAGAUUGAGUUCCUCCUCAACACUUUUUUUGACAAAUCAUCUGUGAAGCAGGCACUCGGCCAAGUUGAGCCCUUAGCUUCAGGCACCAUGACGGGAAUGGCCAUCAGGACCGCCAUGGAAAAAGCCUUCACCAAGGAGGCCGGGGCCCGAUCCGCUUCCAUGAACAUUGCUAAGGUGGCUAUUAUAGUGACCGAUGGCAGACCUCAGGACAAGGUGGAGGAGGUGUCAGCCACAGCCAGAGCAUCUGGGAUUGAAAUCUAUGCAGUGGGAGUUGACAGAGCUGAUAUGGCUUCCCUGAAACUUAUGGCCAGCCAGCCACACGAUGACCAUGUCUUCUAUGUGGAGACCUAUGGUGUGAUCGAGAAGCUUACGUCUAAGUUUAGGGAAACUUUGUGUGGUAAGGAUGAUGAUAAUGGGAGUGCAGAUAUUGAUGAUAACGGACUAGGCCUAAAUGACAGGAAAGACGAUAAUAAGCGUGUCAGUGAAGGGAACAACGGUUUGGAUCCGUGUGAUCAAGGACACAACUGUCAGCAUAUUUGUGUCAACAGUGGUGACUCGUACAUCUGCAAGUGUCACCCUGGCUACAUCCUGAAUCCAGACAAGAAAACAUGCUCACGUAAGAAUAAAAAUAAAUCUUAUUUCUCAGUAUUCAGCAUACCUUAAGAUUAAAUAUUGUACAGACAUGUCUUUUGUUAGUUAGCUAU